AGAUAUUUGUCCCAAUAUAAUCGCCAUGGGAUUCCCAGCGGAGAGCUUGGAGAGGAUGUAUAGGAAUGACAUGGAAGAAGUAGUCAGAUUUCUAAACUUAUACCACCAGGAUCAUUAUAAAGUGUAUAACUUGUGCUCCGAAAGGAAUUACGACACGUCCCACUUUGAUCAUCGAGUGGCCCACUAUCCGUUUGACGAUCACAACCCGCCUAGGAUCGAGCUUAUUCGACCGUUUUGUGAAGAUGUCAUGCAGUGGCUGGCCAAAGAUAAGGAUAACGUAGCAGUAAUUCAUUGUAAAGCAGGAAAGGGAAGGACAGGGGUAAUGGUUUGCGCCUUGUUACUACAUCAAGGCCGAUGUCACACUGCAGCUGAAUCCAUGGACUACUAUGGAAACGUCAGAACUACGGACGGAAAGGGAGUUACCAUUCCAAGUCAGAGAAGAUAUGUACAGUACUACGGGGAACUGGUCAAGCGGGACGCACUAUACAAAACCGAAACUGUACUUCUGAAACGCGUGCAACUCUUUACGACACCUAUGAUGAGCGGAGGAACAUGCUGCCCUUUCUUCACGGUCCAUCAACACAAGGUCAAAGUUCAUACUCAGGAAGCCAUGAAGGGAGUCAAAAAAGGGGAGAGCUUUAUACAAUUUGCGCUGCCCCAUCCGUUGCCGUUACGAGACGAUGUAAAAAUAGAAUUCUACCAUAAAUCAGGGCUGCUCAAAAUGGACAAGAGGCUGAUGUUCCACAUGUGGUUUAACACAUAUUUCAUCGUCCAUCCCAUCCAACCCGACGAGGAUUCCUUCGCCCAGGGCAGACAAUCCAGGCCAACCAGCACAGUCUCCUGUCCAACGCCCGUACAAGCGGGGGCGUAUUUCCCCGAAGACGACAUGUUGAACGGGAGGGAGGAGUUUGUCUUAGAGCUGCAGAAAGAUGAGCUGGACAAGGCGAAUAAGGACAAGACAAACAAAGUCUUCUCUCCUAAUCUCAAGGUGAAGCUGUUCUUUGAAAGAGGUCGUGAUGACCAAGUCCCACCUACGCCGGAACCCAGUGAAGGCAACCUGAGUCCCUCACCGAGUGAGAACGAUUUACUAGAGGAAAAUGACCUUGAUGAUGGGACAGACUCUGGAGACGAAGAUUGUAUAUAUGAAACUAGCGAGUCUUCGGUCGUAUGAUAGCGGAACUCGGAUUAUAAACUAUCAGUACAAAGAAAUAUUCCACGGAUAGAUAGCAGCGGACAGAGGAUCGUGUAUUAUCGUUGUUCGUUAGACUGAGUACCUGCGAGGAGUGGAAGACGUGGUGUUCGAGGUAUUGAGGUGCUUGGUGAGACAAGGUAAAGGAACUCUUGGAAGAUUCUGCACCCUUGUUUUUCCUGCGCCAUUAGCAAGCCUUGGAAUAGAAGACCCAUGGUGGUACCGUUAGAGCCCUGUUCAUCAGAUGAUGAGCCGACCGGAGGAAUGCUAAUACAGAGCUACCCCGUUUGAUCCGAUUCUGAUUUAGUAGCACCAAGUGGUACCACAGAAGCACGGCAUGAUUGGUGGAGGAGCAGUUAUAUUAUUUAUUUCCCUUUCGAUCAGAUGACUAGCACCGUGUGGUACCAUUCCAGCCUCCCUUGAUCAGAUUACCUUAGGUGCUAUCAUUAGUUCCCUCACUAAUCUGGGGAGUAUGACCAAGUGGUACCAUUCAUGCCCCCUUUUGAUUACAUGAGUAGCACCAGUUGGUACCCUUGCUGCUCCACUUGAUGGGCUCCUGCUGGAACCAUCAGUGCACCUGGUGAUCAGAUGGGUAGCACCGAGAUGUACCAUUACAGUCCUUUUGAUAAGUUUACAAGCGUAGGAUGGUCCUGAUUCCAUGGUACCAUCAAGGCACCGAUUGAGCUGAUAUGGAGCACCUUAGGUACCAUUAAAGCACUUUAUAAGGUGAUGCAGGCACCACCGGGCUAAACCAAAUGUCUCCAACCAAGGGACGUGCUUCGCACAAGGAAUAGAUGCCAGUAUUUUUGUUUCUCCAUUGAAAGUACUAGUACCGUCAAGUUUGUGUAAAGAUUAACGAUAACAGAGUUUUUACGAACUGAGCGCGAGGCAAUGUCUAUUACUCAGUUUAACACGAAGCUCUCAAACAUCUCAAUAUUGUAUGUGUAAAUGUCUUGUUCUGAACAAUAAUCAGAACACGUUCACCCUCCGAUACAGUCUGUCGAUGAGAACUAUGUGUCGAGGGAGAACAAAAUAAAUGCAUCCAUCGAUAUACAAAUUCAUUGGAAAUAAUAUUCCUUAUAAAUCUGUAUUUAAUUAAUCAAAUUUGUAUUUUGAUUUGAAUUUAUGAACCUUCUGAAAUGGAUCCUGUUGAGCGAUAUAGCUCUUAGCUGCUUUAUUGGUAUGUGAUAUUGUUUUACGUAAAACCUUUGACAAUCAAUUCACCAUAUUUUCAAGUCUUUUCUUCAUCUAAUCUAAUCAUAUCUAAUCAAUUCUAAUAUUUGUAACUGGUUGGUGAUACAUGAAGCUGUUUGUCAGUUAUAAAAGACUGGGCAAUUCCAUAAAAUGCUCAACCUUUUUGUACAUCCGACCCCUAUUUUUCUCAAGUUUUACUUCACUUUAUAAACUGACCAAAUCAUGAUCAUUUGAGAGCAUUACAGACUGUCAUAAGAACCAGAAAUCAGAGACAGAAAAUUUCAUGAAAGUCCCACAUCAAGGGGGUCGGACGUACAUAUUUUAUGGAAUUGCCCGACUGUUGACUGGUUCUUUGAUGCUAUUAAAAAUCAUACUCCAUUAUUUUCAUUCCCAUUGGCUAAAGUUGAAAUCCUUGGUCAUUGAAAUUGUUUUUCCUUAAUAAGCAUCUAAAAUUCUAAAUACAAAGUUGAAUAUAAAAAUUAUGUCAGUAUUUGAUUAGGCGUAUAGGAAAUUCAUUCCCACUUUGCUGAAAUACCAGGGAAUAUUUAGGGUUAUCCCACAAAAACCGGGGGGGGGGGGCUGUUCCAUAAAAAUUUCCAUUUGCUUUUGGUACAAAAGGCAUCACCACAUUCGUCACUCAAGGUUGUGCGUUACUAAUCAUGUGCGCGUCGGCAUUUAAGCACGACUCCAAGUCAUACUUGGCUCCUUGUGAAACAUCAACCAGGUCAUCGGUUCUGCGUAUAGAUGUGCGUAACUUUGAUGCAAACAGCUUUGUGAAAACACCACCUGAGAAUGGGCUGUACUUCAUGCUUGCUUCAACCUGUAUUUUAGCUAGGCCAAAUAAAUGUACCAGUUAUAGCAAUUCAAACUAGCCCCUCGGAAAUGCUUCAUUUGCUAUAUGUUUUAGCGAUUUUAUUUGGGACAAGGUCUUUCAGCUGUAGAUGGACAUGGAAAUGAAAGGAUUUUCAGAAAUAGAUUAUCUCAAAAGGUGUUUUACCCCCCCCCUCUCUUUCUACUUUUAUGAAUAUUUAUGAAAUAGGAUGGGAUAGAAGGGCUCAGUAAGGACUGAUGUGUGUAUUGACCAUGUAAUAGGAAAGUAUGAACAUGUAAUUCUGAACAUUUCAAGAAUGUUGAGUGGAAAACGCAUUCUUGCGAGGCUUUUAAUAUUCCCAUUGGUGUUGGUGUUAAGGAGCUGUAGGCGAUAUUAACGCCAGACACAACACCUGACAUGGGGCAAGGCUGGUGUGGGAUUAAAUGCAUUCUUAAAGUAGUUUAUCCCCAUUAAAGUGUUAAUCAUUGGUGCUGGUGUUGAGAAUCUUGAGGCAUUAUAAACACCAGACACAACACUAAACUUGAGGCAAGGCUGAUGCUGGAUUUAAUGAAUUCUAAUAGGUGAUUCACAAAGCUCUCUGGUACAGCUAGUGAUGACUUUAUAAAUGACUUGAUUAUGGUAAGCCAAGUUGGGGUUACCAAUCAUGUCUGUAUUUGCAAUUCUGCAGAUUUGAAACACUACAGUUCUUAUUUCGGCCAAAGAAAAAAAAAACUGAUGCAAAAUAUUUUUUCUACAAAAUUGUAGAGAAUUUAUUAGAAAGUACAGUCACUCUUCAUUGAAAUGUCAGGGAAAAACUGACAUCCCAUUUGGCACCUUAUAUUGAAAUUGUUUGUGUUUAAGCUAUGCCAAACUUUGGGGAUAAUUUGAUGAAACUUUGGGGAAUUCAGAACAUCAGUCACAAUAAUUCUGCUCAUGACAUUUCGUAGUUUUAUACCCUCAGUCACAUUUGCCCUACGGCGAGUCGAAAACAGUUGUUUUUUUCAUUCUUAUUUAAACCACCUAUAUGUAGCUAUUACAAAAAAUGUUAAAACGGCUGUUUUCGACUCGCCGUAGAGCAAAUGUCACUGAGUUAUAAAAUGGUUGGUAGUGUUAUGUUGCCCUGCAGUGAGGUUGUUGAUCUCAAAACUAUAAACUUGGUUUUUAUGGUUUUGUUGGUGAUGAUUGCUUUUAACUCAUCGGCCCGCAUUGUGAAGUCCAAUUUAACUUAACAGCGGUCUAACUUUGUGCUAAAAUUAUGGGAAGCCAAAAUUCCACAAUUAUGUUUAUAAUUCUGCAUUUCUUUUGUUUAACCCCCCCCCCCCCAUUCCCUUUGCGAUGAAGAUAAAACUAUUUCAGUUAUCAUUCUCAGACAGCUAUAAUGAUUUAAGAGUCAAAUGAGUUCAUGAAUUGAACAUGUACUAUUGGAGAUUUACUCCAACAUCGGCUAUCCAUAGUUAAACCACAACUUUAAACCAGAGAUUAAAUUAAACCCUAGUUCAGAAUAUGGGCCUUAGAGGUAGAGGUUUCUUAAAAUUGAUGAUUUCAGAAAUGUAUGGAAAAUCCAAAUUUGUUUAUGAAAAUAGUGAUGAAAUAUUUUGAUUGCAUUGCCAAUUUAGUGAGGUGAAUGAUAAGUGAAUUUGGCUGCUCGUAUUCAGGAAUCGCAUCACAUAUCGCUCUGGAAAUGGAAUCAAUUUCUGUAGUAGAUUUUGCUUAAAUCUUCCUUAUUCACAUGUAAUAGCGAGUGUUCGGAUAAAAACGAUUCUGUGAAAAAAGUCACGAAAAUGAGAUGCUCUACCUCCAUAGGUAGAUAAUGGUUCUACCCAACUUCAUCCCAGGGUCGUGUAAGGUCAAUGCAUGCAAGCUGUCAUGGUAGAUAUAUCAAGGCUCCACACCAACUUUUUUUCUUGUUGGCCCGAUAGGUCCACCAAAAUCAUCAAUUUCAUAUUUUUUGUGGCCCGCAAAGCAAAUUUAGUGGCCCUGAAACAUAGAAAACAUCACAAUUUAUCAAAACUUUGGGAGCCCAAUCGGGCCACCAAGUGUUGGCUUUUACAGAAUUUUUGUUGCCCGACUCUCACUUUAGGUUGCCCCGGGCCACUGCUAAUGUCGAGCCCUGGAUAUAUGAAUCAACUUGUUAAUGAAAACGUGUGAUGUGUAGAAAACGGACAUGAAGGACCAAACGUAUCUAACAAACGUAACUUUUCACCAAAAUUCUCUGUUUUUUGUCAUCUAAUAUGCUAAAAUUGUCCCCAGUCUGCUCGUGUUAUAUUUAGCCCAAUUGUGAAUCGUAAAGUCCUGUUUUGUAUUUUUUGUUUGAAUGAGACACUGCGAAACCGCAAUUUUUUUCUAUCAAUGAUGACGUAAUGUGCAAUACGCGUCAUAACUGUAUCUGUGAGGCACCUCACCAACAUUCUGCGUCGCGUCUUAAAUCCCCCGCUAAGCGUCUUUCACAACAGUUUCCUGCAUUGUCCGUUGUCUUGUCUGUGACUGAUGAAAUGUGAAGAAUGUUGAUGAAAAGGUGCUUGCAAGAAUCCUGCACAGAAAAUAAGACGUGGCUCUGGCUUUCGGUACGAUGUCUUGACGCAGAGCAUCGUGGAUAGAUGAUUGAACCUGGUGGGUGUUCGUAAAGUUACGCACAACUUUAUGCACGACUGGAACAUGGUCUUAGGUCAUAAAUCAAUUCUAUAGAGAUAUAACAUAGCACAAAGGAUCACCAGUCGUGCGUAAAGUCAUUCGUAUCUUACGAACAGCUUUAUGAAACACCCACCUGGUUGUUAAGGCAUUUACACAUAGAAAAAAAAGUGAAUCCUCUGUGAUAUUUUGUCAUUCGGUUUUAUCCCGAUUGUUGUGACCUUAUUAACACAUUCCAUCCUGAGCCGUUGUAAGAGCGGUGUGAGAGUUCAGUUUUUGUUGUUGGUUUUUCCAGCUUAAUUUCAGUUCAUUUUAGACAUCCUCUGUUAAAAGAAGUAUGGGAGCUCUUUUAAUAUCAGUUUAUUUUUAACACUCUUCAGCUCUUUUAAUUUCUUAUCACAUGCACAGUCAUAAUUACAUAAAUACCUGAGAAAUGAGGGGGGGGGUAUUUCAAAAAAAUAUGAUGAUUUAGAGUCGCACUUACAUGCCGACGCAUAUAUGCAACGCGCAAUCUUAUUGAUCAACACGCAGUACUGCGCGACCUCUUGGCAUGAUCUGACCAGUGCGGUCACGCCUUUUAUAACACACACAACUAGGCAUUUAAGUGCGACUUUAAGUCAAACUUAAAUCUUUGUGAAACACCCCCCCUGAAGUUGUAAAUCAUUGUUUCGAUUCCCAUCUACUCAAGUUGAAUCGAUAGGUUUAGACUAAAAUUAUCAUUGUUAACAAGCAUUUGAAUGCAAAGUUUAUUUGUCAAGAUUUUAUUAAGGUUAUUGAAUAUGAGUCCCACUUAAGUGGAUGUUUCGUAAAGCUUUGCAUGCGUUAUGAGUGACUUCAUGAACGAUUGGUAAUCCUUUCUUAGGAGCUUAAUCAGCAUACGUUACAUUUAGGGAUGAGUGAAACACAUAAAUUGCUUGACACAAAUAUGUCUUUGUAGAAAGGUGAUCAUAUAUAGGUAUGACUGUAAUUCUGCUCGCGAUUGCUAUACAUGUGUAUAGCCCAAUAGAACUGUUUGGAAAUUUUCAAUUUGUGAAUUAUAUUCUGUUUAUCUCUUUCUACUAAAGGUUAGUACUGCUUGGCUUUUACUCUAAGAAUACUCAGGUCAUGGCGAAUAAAGUUGGUACUA